AUGUCUGAUGUUAUAAAAUGUUCUGUAUGUCUUGAUAAAACGUCGAAAUACAAAUGCCCUCGCUGUUAUACUCAGACAUGUAGUCUUGAGUGUUGCUUGUUGCAUAAGGACCGUGCGCAUUGUACCGGAAAAAGAGAUGUGACAGAGUAUGUCAGGAAAGAUGAGUAUAGAUAUCGUCAUUUUAUAUCAGAUUACAGACUUCUUGAAGAAAUAGAUAGAGCAAACGCUAGCAGAGAAAGGAAUUUGCUUAUGAUAUCAAUUUGUUAA